CAAAAAGUCGCCUUCCAUUGUAUAAUAGUUUUUUUCCUGAAUUAAUUCAAAUUCAAACACAUUUAGAAGAUUUUUCUUUAUGUGAGAAGCAUUAUAAUCAACUUAUUGUGUCCGAUUUCUUACGACAAGUUCUUACAAAUGCGAAUUACUCGCAACUAUCUAAAAAUAAACGACAAGCACAUAGUCUUGAUUUUGAAAAUGAAUUGGUUGAAAAGCAGGCUCAUAUAGAGCAUGCUUAUGAAAUAGAAGUUGAAAAAAAUACUUGCGAAACAGGCACCCAAACUGACGAGAUUGGUAAUAAAAUAACCCGUGAGAUUGGUAUACAAGUAUCUGAUAAUAUGUCACAUACUCUUGAAAAUUAUAUUCAUCUACUUCAAGCGCAAUUGAGUAUAAAAAUAAAUGAGAUAGAAAACCUUCAAAAACAAUUAGAAUACGCAUAUGAUUAUGUAAUAGAGAAUAAUAAAAAACAUACUUGUCCUCAGUGUAAUGAAAAAUUGGAUACAUUGGCCACCUUACAAGCCGAAUCCACUGAAGAAUUAACUCAGGUUGACAAUAGUAAAACUUCUCAAUCAGGAACUCCCAUAAUAAAGAUCUAUGAAUAUGCUUAA